AACGGGACUUUCUGUUGAGCGACCUGCAGCCUCUUGAUCCGCUCCAGGAGAAUUAGCUGAAUUCUGCAGAUUCUCUACGAAGCGACCAGAAGGAGAAUUUGCUGCCCUGCAAGGUGAAGACGGCCAUCAGCCAAUCAGGACCAGGCUUUCUUCAGGACCCGCCCCCAGCAGGGCUUACACCCCGACGCGACGCUCCUGCUGGUUGUCGUUGCUCAGGACUUUGGCUCCAGAAAACGCCGCGUCCGCCAGAAGCAGUAUGAAAUCAACGUAUAAAGGCCUUUAGCUGGACCAGAACCGUCCCCUAGCCUCUGACAACCUGCUGUCCGGGCGUCUCCCCGCAGGACGCCUCUGCCAUGGCCGUGCUCACCCACCUGCUGGCCGUCCUCUUCGGGAUGGGCUCCUGGGUCUCCAUCAACGGCCUGUGGGUGGAGCUUCCUCUCAUCGUGCCGCAGGUCCCAGAGGGAUGGUACCUGCCCUCCUACCUGUCCGUCCUCAUCCAGGCGGCCAACGUCGGGCCGCUCGUCGUCACCCUGAUGCACCGCCUCCGGCCCGGCGUCCUCAACGAGGCGGCGGUCAUCUACGUGAUCGUGGCGGUGGGCGCCGUGGCCAGCUUCCUGCUGGCUUUCUUCUGGAAGGAGACGGUGGUGGUGUCCGGCGGCCCCCGCAGCCUGGCUCUGCUGGUUCUGACCUUCUUCCUGGCGACUGUGGACUGCACCUCCUCCGUCACCUUCCUGCCCUUCAUGAUGCGCCUCCAGCCGCACUUCCUCACCUCCUACUUCGUCGGGGAGGGGCUGAGCGGCCUGCUGCCGGCCCUGGCGGCUCUGGUCCAGGGCGUCGGCCUGGUGCGCUGCGUCAACGGCAGCCGGUCCCUGAAUCACAGCGGCCACGGAACCAGACGCCUGGAGGCUCAGUACCAGCCCUCCAACUUCUCCGCCGAGGUCUUCUUCUUCUUCCUCAGCGCCAUGAUGCUGGUGAGCCUGGCAGCGUUCCUGCUGCUGGACCUCCACCCGGCCGUGGCCCGGCAGCAGCCCGACCCGCGCUACUCCACCGGGUCCAGGGAGAGGUUCCGGAGCAGCCGGAAGAGGGCCGAGCAGAGGCCCAUGAUGGACCUCUUCAGGCCCCAGAACCACAAACCCAGAAGCAGCUUGGGUUCCAGCUCCUGCAGCCAGAAGCAGCUGAUCUUCAUCUUCGUGGUUCUGGGCUGGGUCAACGCCCUGAGCAACACGGUCCUGCCGUCCGUUCAGUCCUACUCCUGCCUGCCCUAUGGGAACGGCGCCUACCACCUGUCGGCUGCGCUGGCCGCCGUGUCCAACCCGCUGGCCGGCUUCGUCGCCAUGUUCGUCUCCAUCAGGACUGAAAUGAUGAAAAGGUUCUACUGGACUUCAUCAAGUCCAGAGGAGCUCAGAGCGCUUCACACUUCACUCAGUCAUCCACAUGCUGACGGUAGAGCUACUAGACGGUAGCCACAGCUGACGGUCAGACAGAGGUCAGGCAGACAUGCACCGGCGCCCCCUGCUGGGCGCUCUGACCUGCAGCGGGUAAGGAGGGUGAAGUGUUUUACCCAAAGACACGAUGACAGAGUGGCGAUCGGACCGGCAACCCGCCGAGGGACAAAGUCCUGCAACCGUUGCUGCCAUCGCUCCAAAAAAACAAGUCUGAAGAUUGUUAAAUAGUUUAUCACAAACAGGAACUUUCAUCCAGAUUUCCUGAAACUUGAAGAAGGAAGUCAAGAGGAAGUCAGGAGGAAGUCAGGAGGAAGUACAGAGGUAGUCAGGAGGAAGUCAGGAGGAAGUCAGGAUGAAGUCAGGAGGAAGUCAGGAUGAAGUCAGGAGGUAGUCAGGGGGAAGUCAGGAGGAAGUCAGGAGGAAGUCAGGAUGAAGUACGGAGGUAGUCAGGAUGAAGUCAGGAGGAAGUCAGGAUGAAGUGUUAUGGCAAGUUUUGUUUUUUCCUAAUCAACUUUCUGCUUUGAUCGAUUCAACAUAAACUGUUUUGUUUGGAAGCAUCUCACCUUAUGGGGUGUAUGUAAAAUUCUGACCUGUAUGGAUCAGACAUGUUCUGGUUCUGGAUGCUCCUGACAGCUGCUUGUGGUUCUGCAGGUCGCUGGUGUUCCUGGGCUUCCUGACAGUUCUGGGAACCUUGAUCGGCUCGUACAUAAUGCUGAUGGCGGCGCUGAGUCCCUGCCCCCUUCUGGUCAACGACGGUUCUGGCGCCGCCA